AUGCCGCAUUCCACAUCCUCCGGCUCGUACUCUCGCGAGCCAUCCGUGUCGCGCGCAACCUCCAAGUCCGGCGCCGACAGCAGGGAUGUCGAUACGGGGCUCGAGAAGUUUCCCGACCACAUUGAUGCGCCCAUGUUUGCAGACAACGGUUGGAGAGAUCCGAGCCCCUCCCUGGGCUAUGCCAACGGCAGAAACGGAGCCAAUGCGCCGGCAGUGGAGAGGUGGCAGCCGCGGCGGGAGAGCCUCCAGGCGAGAAAUGUAAGAUGGGGCCAGAUGGGAACCAACGGCCCUUCGCGGCAUGGACACGGACAUUCAAAGCAGAAGAGCAUCAGUGAAGCUUUCCGGACAAUUAGGGGGAGAAACGGCAGCGUCAGUCAAAAUGCGCACGAAAUAGCCGAUGCUCUAAAGGCGCCGCUGUCAUGGCAGCUUAUUGGGCUCUGCGUCAUGUGGUAUAUGUCCUCGGCCUUGACCAACACCUCGUCCAAAUCCAUCCUGAACGCCUUUGACAAGCCUGCAACCUUGACCAUGAUCCAGUUCUUCCUCGUUGCAUUCUACUGCAUUACUUCGUCUUGGUUGGCCUCUGUAUUCCCGAAACUCCGGACUUCGAUACCGGCCCUCAAGAACCCCAUUCGACAACCCUCGAGAGAUGUCAUCAAUACGACAUUGCCUCUGGCUGCCUUUCAGAUUGGCGGUCACCUUUUGAGUGCAUCAGCCACCUCCAAGAUACCUGUAUCUCUGGUACAUACGGUCAAGGGUCUGUCGCCUCUCUUCACCGUCCUCGCCUAUCGACUGGUUUUCAACAUCAAGUAUCCAAGAGCAACGUAUUACUCCCUUAUACCUCUAACCAUGGGAGUUAUGCUGGCUUGUUCGGGUAACCAUACGUUUGGAGGUGAAAUGCUAGGUCUGAUAUACGCAUUUCUUGCUACGAUACUGUUUGUGACGCAAAACAUUGUGUCAAAACGGUUGUUCAAUGAGGCUGCGAAGGCUGAAGCAGAGGGACAUGCGGCCAAGUCUCAAAAACUUGACAAGCUCAACCUUUUGUGCUAUUCCUCUGGCAUGGCCUUUGUUCUUACCUCACCCAUAUGGUUCUGGAGCGAGGGCAUUUAUCUGCUCAAGGACUUCCUGACAGAUGGCUCGCUUGAUUUGAGUGGCAAAGCCAACAGCAUGGACCACGGCCGGUUGUUCCUGGAAUUUCUCUUCAACGGUACUUUCCACUUUGGACAGAACAUCUUGGCAUUUGUUCUCCUAUCAUUAGUCUCACCAGUCACCUACUCAGUAGCGUCUUUGCUGAAGCGGGUAUUCGUCAUUGUGGCUGCUAUUAUCUGGUUCCAGAACAAGACUACCAGAAUCCAAGCCGUGGGCAUUGGUCUGACUUUUGUUGGCCUCUACCUGUACGACCGCUCUAGUGAGAGCAAUAAGGCAGAUAAACGCGCCCGUAUGCUCAGUCAAAGCAAUGUAGACCGGCCACUGCUGCCACUCAACACGCAAGGCCCACUGAUUGGUCCGAAUGCACUGGUUUUCGAAAGUCCUGCGGUCGCUUCGGCAGCGCCUAGCCCGUACGUGUACACAAACGGAAGUACAGCGCUUGCCAAUGGGGGAAGCGACGAUUCUAAGAAGAGCGACGACACUCGUGGCGCGCGGCAGCGAGGUAACAGUAAUGCUACAUGGCUCGCUCCGGGCACCAGGCAGGAAGAUACCUGGAGAUAUCAGGAUCGGCUCCAGCAGCCUCAACAUGUUCAAUAG